CAUGACCAGCGGCCGAACUGACCGUUCCCGAGAACGAAGUCGCGCAGGAUCACGGCGUAGGCGCGAUAUAUUGGUUUCUUACCGCCCAUGUAGAAUAAAACCUACUCGCUUCGGUUCGCACGGCGUCUCCAGUUCGGAUAAGUCCACCGACUCCCAACCUAGUCACAGAAACGUAACCGCAGAGGCACCGCUGCUUCCGACCAAAGGACAAGAUGUCAGGAAAAGACAGGAUCGACGUAUUCCCCUCCAGAAUGGCUCAGACUAUCAUGAAGGCUCGGCUGAAGGGGGCCCAAACUGGUCGUAACCUCCUCAAGAAGAAGGCCGAUGCCCUCUCCAUGCGCUUCCGGCAAAUCCUACGCAAAAUUAUUGAGACUAAGACCCUGAUGGGAGAGGUGAUGAGAGAAGCUGCCUUUUCUUUGGCCGAGGCCAAAUUUGCUGCUGGGGACUUCAGCACCACCGUAAUCCAGAAUGUGAACAAAGCCCAGGUGAAGGUCCGGGCCAAGAAGGACAACGUGGCAGGUGUCACUCUGCCUGUGUUUGAACACUACCAAGAGGGUGGUGACAGUUAUGAGUUAACUGGUCUGGCCAGGGGAGGUGAGCAGCUUUCCAGGUUGAAGAGGAACUACGCCAAAGCUGUUGAGCUACUAGUGGAGUUGGCCUCCUUACAGACAUCCUUUGUCACUCUGGAUGAAGCUAUAAAGAUUACCAACCGCCGUGUGAAUGCCAUUGAGCAUGUGAUCAUCCCUCGGAUUGAGCGCACCCUCACCUACAUAAUUACAGAGCUUGACGAGAGAGAGCGAGAGGAGUUCUACAGGCUGAAGAAGAUCCAAGAGAAGAAGAAGCAGCUUCGAGAGAGGACUGAGCUUGAGAUCGCCGCCCGCUUGGCUGCACUGGGUCCCAUCGCCGAACCCGCCAACAUGCUGACAGAGGAGGCCGACGAGGACCUGCUGUUCGACUGACGUGCUCAUCGAGGCUGUGUCGUCCUCGCUACCUGUUGCCCUAUUUAUUCUGUGCCCCCUGGGCCAUGUCAAUUUCUCGUCAUUCAAAUGAAAAAUGCUCUGUUUUAUGUGUACAUGUCUGUGAUGGUUUGUUAUAUUGUUUCCAGUAACGGUAUUUGUCUCUGUAAGGGAACCGAAGUGUUUGCUACCACUGGGGCAUCGGUUUACUACUAAAGUAACUCAUUUGAAUACUUAAAGGAAAAAAGAAAAUGAUAUAGGUAUGUUUACACAUGGUUUGACAGUGAAAUGUAAGAAGCAUUUCAUGUGAUUGGACGAGUUGUAAAUAGUUAAGUCUCACUGCAACAUUCAGAUCCAUUGCAUGCUGCUAUGGUGUGCGAGUCAUCAAAGUGGUUGUAUAUGAUCCAUCCCCGUGCUGAGCCAUUAUCAUAGGAAGGUGUUUCUAUCUCCUUAAAGAUGGCUACUAUGGCACCAAAACCCUGUACGUGAUCCCACAGUAAAAACUAUUGGACGAGCCACCAAGGCCCAAAUAAAGUUCAUCUGAAUAC